AUGGCAUCUUGCACUCUGCUCCGAGUAGUGGUCGCCGGCGCCUCUGGCGAGACGGGGCAGUCUAUCAUGGCAGCCCUGCUGGCCGAGCCAGCGCAGUUCAAGGUCGUGGCACUGGCACGGCACGAGUCGGCGGGCAAGGAGGUUUACCAAGAGAUGGCACGGGCUGGCGCCACUGUCGAGGCGGUUGAUUUCUGUGAUGUGGAGACACUCGCAGCCCGGCUCGUGGCCGCCGACGUCGUUAUCUCGUGCCUACUACCGCUCCAACGGGUCGAAUCGGAGACGCUCAUCGACGCUGCGCACCGCGCCAGCGUUGGCCGGUUUGUACCCAGCUUUUUCUCUACGAUUAUGCCCCCGCGCGGGAUCAUGGAGGUCCGUGAUGUCAGGGAAGACCUGCUGGACCGCUGCAAGCUCAUCUACCUACCUUACACCGUUAUUGAUGCCGGCUCAUGGUACCAAAUCAGCCUACCGCCACCGUACGCCCCGCCGCCGCCGCUGGCCACCACUGUUAUCGGCGAUGGCGAUAUCCCUACCGCCAUGAUCGAUAAGGCCGAUAUUGGGCCGUACGUAGCACGUAUCAUCGCAGAUCCGCAGACGCUGAACCGGUUCGUGUUCGUAUACGGCGAGGUCACGACGCUGAACGGUAUCUGGACUGAAGUUGAGACCGCGACAGGGGAGGCAGUACCGCGGGAUUCCAUCUCGGUUGUGGACCUUGAGGCCCGUAUCGCGGCGCUGCGGAGCUCAGUUACCGCAGACCCGACGAACGUAGGCCUGGUAUUGGACCUCGCAAUGGGCCAGUAUCUUCAUAGUCGUCAUGUCAGAGGCGACAACACGCCCGAUCGCGCCAAGUACCUCGGAUACUUGGAUUGCAAAAUUUUAUACCCGGAUGUCAAGUGCAAGUCGCUACACGCCUAUAUCCGCGAGGUAGUUGAUGGGAAGCGUGACUACAGCGUCUACGUUGGCCGAGACGUAGUAGCAGAUGCAACGCAGCAUAGAGACUAG